AAAUGCCCGUUGAAUGUCCGGUUUAAAGAACCGCUCUUGGUAUUACCAAGAGUCCGUUCAGUGGGCAGAGUGCAUGGCUUCAGCGUUGCGCUUUGUAAGCCAGGCGUGUCGAAAGGUGCUUUUCGGCGACAGCAAUAGCCUACCCCAAAUCGCUUUCCCAGAUUCCAAACCGAGUUUCCCGAGCUGACGUCAGCUGACUGCCUUGGCUGCAUUCGCCACUCCGGACAUAGCUAGGACUGUAAAAUGCUGCUCUCCGUUCCGCCAAGGACAGGAGUCAACCCAUACAACGGAUAUAACAGCAGAAACAGCAAAAAGCAGGCCUAUGUGUCCUCCCACCAGCAGAUGGCGCCGCCCAGUCCCAGUACCAACAGCAGCAGCAACAGCAGCAGUGGGGGAGGGGAACCGUUGAGCAAGACCAACCUCUACAUUCGUGGUCUUCACCCGGGCACCACAGACCACGACCUGGUCAAGCUGUGUCAGCCAUACGGCAAAAUCGUGUCCACCAAGGCCAUCCUGGACAAGACCACUAACAAGUGCAAAGGGUAUGGUUUUGUUGACUUUGACAGUCCCUCUGCUGCACAGAAGGCAGUGAACGCACUAAAGGCCAGCGGAGUCCAGGCCCAGAUGGCCAAGCAACAGGAGCAGGACCCCACAAACCUGUACAUCUCCAACCUGCCUCUCUCCAUGGACGAGCAGGCACUGGAGGCCAUGCUGCAGCCCUUCAGCCAGGUGGUCUCCACACGCGUCCUCAGAGACAGCAGCGGGAGCAGCCGCGGCGUGGGCUUCGCCAGGAUGGAGUCCAGAGAAAAGUGUGAGGCCAUAAUUCAGCAUUUUAAUGGCAAAUACAUCAAGACUCCGCCCGGAGUCCCAGUGCCCACGGAACCCUUGCUGUGCAAGUUUGCGGACGGGGGACAGAAAAAGAGGCUGCACCAGGGGAAGUACCUGCAGAACGGACGGCCCUGGACCAGGGAUGGGGACACGGGAGGUGUGACGCUAACGUAUGACCCCACAACAUCCCUGCAGAACGGGUUUUACUCCUCUCCUUACAGUAUCGCCCCGAACCGGAUGAUCGCUCCGACGUCUCUCUCUCCCUAUAUGCACUCUCCUAUCUCGUCCUACCAGAUGCACAGCCCCUCCUGGAUGCAUCACCAGUCAUACCUCAUGCAGCCUGGGGGGACGGUUCUGACCCCCACAUUGGACCACACCAUGUCCAUCCAGCCCACCUCCAUGAUGGGACCCCUCACCCAGCAGCUCAACCAUCUCUCUCUGGGGAGCUCCGCCACGGUCAGUCUGCACAGACACGUUCAUACCGGCCAACACAGCUAUGCAAGGGAACUACAUCCCCCAGUACUCCUCAGUGCCUGCCUGCACCACAGUGGAGGAAAGUGGUGGACAGCCGCAGCAGCAGGUUGCCAUAGAGACGCCCUCUGAACACACGGCUUACUACCAGCACAGCAAAUGAAGCAGAGCCCCUCCCAGCAGGAAGUGCGUCACCGAGGAGGCUGGCGGUCGUAACCGAGGGAGACGCGAUUCCUCACACCUCUGUCUGCGAUCCGUGGACUUUACAGGGAAGACAAAAGGAACAGGUUUCUUUUUAAAACAACAUUUCUUUCGCUACAGUUUUUUUUAUGUUACUCAAGAGUCAAGCAACCAAGGAGGGCGGGUAGGGGAGGGGAGGGUGGGGGUUGUUUCUGCAAAAGAGAAAAUGAGAAUUCUUCUAUUUUAAUAACAGAAAACAAAUGGAACCAAUUAAGGAAAAAUAAGAAAAGAUUUAUUUUUGUGCACGUAAUAUAAUAAAAUUAAAUAAAUCAUUUUGGAGAGCCAGAAUGAAAUAAGGAAAAGAAAGUUACAACACAAUGUGUGGUUUUAAGUUUAAUUUUGUCUCUCUUGUUUUGUAAAAUAUUCUUUCAUUUUUGUUUUAAGUCAUGUCUGUUUUUUAAAUGUUUUACUGCUACAGUUGGACAAUUUUUGUACAUUUUCACAAAAUCACUGAUCAAUGCAUUUUGUCUAAGUUUUCAAUGUUUGAAGUUUUUAUAUACUACGUAAGAAGAAUAUAUAUAUAAAAAAGACAACAAACCGCUUAAAACUUCAACUCCCAACCAGGUCCAAAUGAACACAAUGGAGCUUCAACAUCACAGGCACGGGUGCUGCUAGAUUUGCAAAAGCAAUAUCCUUUGGUCAGGUUCAUGGAUAUUACAACAAUAUAUCACUCAGAACAACCCUGAAAUAUACCAAGAGUACUUUUAUAAAGGGCAAAGACAAUCAAAGAUGCAUGUAUUUAGUAUAGUGGGAAAAUGUGGAAACAAAUAUUUUACAGAUUGUAUUAUUUAACUUAUUCCUCUAUUGAAUAAAGUAUUUAAAUACUUUGCAUUAAUAUAAAUCAGUUGGGUUGUUUUUUUAUACGUUAACACAUGGGAGCUCUGUUCUUUAAUAUUAAAGAGAUAUGGGUUAAUAUAUUUUAUAAACCAGAGUUUAUCCAUAAUUUGACCAUCUCAAGUAGCCGCAAGCGGGCGAAAAGUCUGGGUUACAUAAUUUCCAGAUUAGCCUGGUUCUAUUAUUUUAAGUAAUUUUGCUGUAAACGGCAGUGAACACUGGCUCACUGUCAAGCGUUCAUUUUAUCAUGGAAACAGGUUGCACAGGUGGUUUUAAGCGGUUUGUUGCCGUCUGACAUGGCUAUGGCAUAGCCUAUUUCACUCUCGUUAACAAUCGAGCGAGAAUAGAGGUCGUUUUCCCGACAAAAAUGUUGGUUAGAUUCUAAGUAUGUAGCCAUUUAUGUAAAGGUGACGUCACAAAAAUGCAAGGACAUUACAAAAACUUAAAUUCUUUUUGUUGGGGAGAAUGGAACGUCUGCUAGACACAGAGCUUUCUAAAAAAAAAAAAUGUAUUUGUUUUCAAUAUGCUGCGUUUUCUUUUUUUAUCUUCCUUUUUUCAAAGUAAUUCUUUUAUUUUGGGGAUUUUUAUAUAUUUGUGCUUGUCAUUUUGUUGAGAGGAUUUUUAGAGGAAAGUUUCCUUAGUAUAGAUUUUAUUUUUUGUUUUUUUGGUAUUAAAAACUAUAUGGGACUGUAAACAAUGGAUUUUUCUGAAGAUUCAGAGGAAUUUUAUUCUUUGGAGUCCAAGUUUGUCAAUCGUCCAUGCAGUCCACUGAAAAGAUUUUUCAUUGAUGCAUUUGUGUUUUAUUGUCCAUUCAUAUUUUCUUCAUAGUUUUUCAGAUUUUUAAAAAACCCGAUCAUGUCGUCGAGGUUUUUUCUUUCACAAACAUUGGCAGCUGCAAAUGCAGAAUGUGCGGAUGAGUCCGUCUCUGACGAACAGAUAAAACCCCGCCAUUCCGGACAAUCGCUUCAACAAAACAUCACGCCACACGUCAGCAUUCAAUGUCACUCGGCCGAAAUGCGAUGCACAUUUACUGCACGUGAUGACCUGUGCGCAUUUUAAGGUUUUGAGGAGCAAAAAAAAUAAAACAUAAAAAAUUUGUGGUGCUGCAGACUGAUGGCGUUAUAUUAGCCUAUGUUGAAUGUAAUUGUGGUGUAUAAAAACGCCACACUUCACUUUCAGGACGAGCUAGAUCUUACUUACAAAUGGAUUAAAAACAUCAACCGAU